ACUCGUCUUCAUAAAUACCACAGAAGCCCCAAAUUCGAAAACCCUUCCAGUCUAUAACCACAGAUUUCGAUGCCGCUUGACGCAGCUGCUGUCGAUAUUCUAGAAAAUACUCAGAAGUCAGUAUAAAAACGCGAGCGCGUAAUUUUCGCCGUUCGGUCACCGAUCAGAUCUCCUUCUUCCGGAACCCCGAGGCGGCAGCUCAGAUCGAUGGGAGACUACAACGACGCCUUACUACGCAACCCAAACUCCGCCGUCCAGGCCCGUGCCAAGGCCCAGAAUCGUAACAAUGUUAUGCAACUCAAGCUUAUUGGGCAAAGUCACCCUACUGGAUUGACGCCGAAUCUUCUGAAACUAUUUGAGCCCCGGCCCCCUUUGGAAUAUAAGCCAGUACCAGAGAAAAGGAAAUGCCCCCCAUAUACGGGUAUGGCACAUUUUGUUAGUAACUUUGCUGAGCCUGGUGAUCCACAAUAUGCUCCACCUGUCCAAGAGGCUGAGACUCCUGCGCAAAGAAAAGCUAGGAUACACAAGAUACGGCUAGAGGAGGGUGCAAAAAAGGCUGCCGAGGAGCUGGAGAAAUAUGACCCAAACAGUGAUCCAAACAUUUCUGGAGAUCCAUACAAAACGUUGUUUGUUGCUAGACUUAAUUAUGAGACAACAGAGAGCAGAAUCAAAAGGGAGUUUGAGGCUUAUGGGCCUAUCAAGCGGGUUCGUUUGGUUACAGAUAGAGAGACAAGUAAGCCUAGAGGCUAUGCCUUCAUCGAGUAUAUGCAUACGCGUGAUAUGAAAGCUGCAUACAAACAAGCUGAUGGGAAGAAGAUUGAUAACAAAAGGGUUCUUGUGGAUGUUGAACGUGGAAGAACUGUUCCUAAUUGGCGACCUCGCAGGCUUGGUGGUGGGCUGGGAACUACUCGGGUUGGAGGUGAAGAAGUUAACCCAAGGUACAUAGGGAGUAAAUCACCAUAAUUGCCACAUAUUUGG